UUUCGAGAACAGAGCGCGGUGUAAAAAUGCAAAAUUCUGAAAAUUAUUUUCAACACGAACGAACGCGAUACGUGCGCUGUUGAACAAUCUAGGUAAAGGAAAAGUACAAGGAACGUAGAGAACCGCUACCGACCCGCUCCGGCAAACGAGUUUCCGUUUCACGAGGACGUACACGUUUCCGUUGUCUUUUUCACGCGUCGACCGAACAGAUUCGUGCACCGAAGCUCGAGAGACAACGUGGUGGUUAGUGCAAAAACAACACUGGUACCGGCAAAACGCGCCCGGACUGCCCAUCACGGUACAGCUCUAGCGGAACGGAAGAGAGACCGGAUCCAACGUGGAAACACCUCGAUGUUAUUCAACAUUUGCUGCCGGCUACCAGUAUUACGGUCGUGUGUGAACGGGAAUCUUAUCUGCCAAAUUAGUUUAACGGUUCCACCGCAAACCGCACGCUUCCAGCACCAGUUUCUAGCGGCCAAAGCAUUUUCACACCUCACCAAUAUGGUAAAGCAAGGACCUCGCCCUCUGGUGAUCUGCGGCCCGUCCGGAUCGGGCAAGAGUACGCUUCUGAAGAAGCUCUUUAAAGAGUUUCCCGAUACGUUCGGAUUUAGUGUCUCGCACACCACUCGCAAGCCGCGUCCUGGAGAAGAGAAUGGCAUCCACUAUCACUUCGUGUCGGUCGAGGAGAUGCAGGCUGCCAUCGAGAAAGGCGAAUUUAUCGAGACAGCCGUGUUCAGUGGCAAUAUGUAUGGUACUAGCAAAAAGGCGGUGGAAAAUGUGCAGCACAAUGGUAAGGUGUGCGUGCUGGACAUCGAGAUCGAGGGCGUGAAGCAGAUCCGUAACUCGGAACGACUGAACCCGCUGCUGGUGUUCGUAAAUCCACCGUCGAUCGAGGAGCUGGAACGUCGGCUCCGAGGUCGCCAGACGGAAACGGAGGAAAGCCUUCAGAAACGGCUGAACACGGCACGUAUUGAGAUUGACUAUGGCACGACACCGGGCAAUUUCGAUGUCGUCGUACAGAAUAACACUCUGACUCAGGCAUAUGACGAUCUGCGUGACUUUAUCGUCCGUGAGCUAGAAACGCAGCAAAACCAAGAUGUAUUUUGUGUCACUUCGCUGGUGAGCAAUUACAAAUCGUUCGAAGUUUGAGUUCGAUCGCAACGCCGCACACGCACGCAAAAUGUGGUGGUGAUGAUGCCCGAUGGUUGUGGUGGCCGCACUUUUCCGAUGAUAUAGACGCUUAUCUGGUGUGGUUUGCUGGCAUCGGGGUUCACCUUUAACAUCACCCCAGCUCUCGUGCAUUCUAGGCAUUUGGGUGCGCAGGAAUCCGGAACGUUGGGAGUGCUCAUCGUACUCUGCUUAGUGCCGUCGGUAACGCUAAUGCAAACACGCAAACUAGUGACCAAUAAUUCCAGAGGGGACCCCAAUAGAAUGUGCUGCACCUCACCCAUUUACCCACCGCCUGCCUUUCCCUGCCUUUUCUAUCCAGCAAUCUUUGGUUCACGGCAGGAUCCGGGAAUGCCUGCUUGGAUCGAUGCUGUGCAAUGCUUUUUAUUUUUUAAUUUGUCUAGAUCUUUGUCAUUUUUUUUUUUUGUAAAACUUUUAUGUGUAAACCCUCAUUUCCGUAUUUCGGCCUUCUUUAGUCACAAAGAAGAAGUAGGAUUAUAGACUGUUAGUGCUCGCACGGAGUGGACAGUAGAACCACGCACUCUUCGCGCAGCUCUGAAAUGCCAAACAAUAUUGGCCAAACCCGAGAAACACCUGGACACUGUUUUUGUAACCUGAUAGGUAACUACUUAUGAGUACACCAAAUUGGAAGUUAAUUAUAACAGGGAGAAAACCCCGUACCGUCUUUUAGAUUAGUUCAAUUGACGUAAGCUAACCGAUGCAAGGAUAAUUACGUUAGGUAUUAGAGAAAAGUGAAACAAAAAUAUAAAGCAUAUAAACACCCAAUAAAUAAAGUAUGUUAUCAAUCUAAAUGGUAGU